AUGAGCAACCCUACCGAACCAUCUGAAACGAGCCGAGAGGGCGUUCCUGACUCCACAAUGCAGUCAGACAUUGAACGCCGAAACAUCUUUCAAAAUAUCAGCGCAGACGCGAAUGUGUUCCAAUUUAUCGGCUCCACGAACGGGCAUACAACGACAGCUCGACACAUCACCGCCCAGCAAUACGCUACUCAGUGUAUGGGAGAUUUAUCCGACAGUUCACUUCGACAAAUUUCAAUGAACCGCAGUGCUAUUGCAGCAAAGAAGCAAACCAACCACGAUCAUAAGACGGGAUGUUUCGAUGGGCCGGGUUACAAGUUACGCUGA